AUGACUGCUCGUGAGCCCUUCAAACCCAUUUCUAUAGACAAGAAACUUGGAGAGGUUUACUUUUACGAAAAAUGCCUUUUAACUGGUUUCGGUAUGGCCCCCAAGAUGGAUCCUUUCACAGAUGAACAUGCAGGAGCUAUGCUAAAGAAAACCAAAAAUGGCAAAAAACCCAUAAAGAUCAAGGUAAUGGCAUUAGCAGACUCGCUGAAACUGUCAAAAGCCUCCCACAUCGGAAAGAAGCCACCACACUCAAGAAUCAAGUAUUCCGAAGUGAAAAUGCACAAAAUCUUCGCUCACUCCAAAAAGGUCCUGGUUUUGGGUGUUCAAGUGUCGGGCAAUCCUCAGCAAUAUUUAAUACUAACCUUUGAACAACCCCUCAAGGCCUCACGACUUGACGACGAAUUGACCUACGCUGAUGACGCCCCGAAGCACAAUCUAAAAAAUAGAAUUUCUGCUUUUGAUCGACUGGGAGUAGGUCAGCCAUCCCCGACAGCCGUCAUCGACAAUUCUCCAUCUCUCAUAAAGGCAACUAGGGAUGCUUCCCAUGAAUCACUCAAAAGUUUAAGUGAACAACCUGGUGGAAGCCGAGAAACCACCCCAAUCCUAGAAAACAACUUUCCAUUGGCCAAGUUAUAUCCGUCAGCAGAAGAGUUGGAUGAUGUGUCAACUUCGAGAGUCGUUGGAUUGCCUAGACAACCAGCUCACAGUCCAUCGCUCUCACCGUCCCCACCCACUUCGCCUAUGACAACCCAAUCAAACGCACACAUAUCGCAAAGCUUAUCUUACAACCCUUCACAAACUGAGACUUUGAACGAGCCAAUUAAUUCAAAGGAACUUAAUGCGCCAAUUUGUGCCAAGUGUCGGUCGGAGUGCAAGGAUUUGGUAAGUACUGCUACCUCUCCAGUCAAAAUGCCGGCCACCGAAUCUCGGUCAGGUUCAAGUUCCAGCUCUCACUCGCAUGCUCAUUCAGACUCUGGCCCUCAAUCUUAUUCUGCUACGCGUUCUCCCGACAAAUCGACACACAACGGGCGCUCGGAUAGCCGAACAUCCACUGCUUCUCACCGCACUAUGACGACAGACGCUAGUUCACAUUACGUCAUUUACGGAGAGCGUCCUCUUUAUGAACAACAAAUUCGGUCUAAUCAGCAGCAAAAAAGGAGAUCUUCUCUUGUAAACAAAAUCACCUUUCCCUCACAAGACAAAAGCCCCACUCGAACGGCCAAACCACGACCAAGGGCAACUUCCACAUCCUCGUCUUCCUCUUCGUCUUCGUCAACUUCUUCCUCUCCUCCAUCAUCUGAGCGUCAAAUCACACCUAAACGUGAACAUCGACCGAAAUCGCUUGAUUCUUCUUGCCGUCUCUGCAAUCACGAAUUUAGUGAUGCUCCCAAAGCUGCGCCUGACUCCUCUAAGCCCUUGUUCAUCCUUGCAACGGGAAGGUUUAAACCAUUUUCAGAGCUAUCACAUGAACAUAACAUCCAAACACAGGGUGUUUGCUCUAUUUGUGGUGAAGUAGGAGUUGGUGACCCAAGACAAGUAGAGAUCAUUCGUACUGACUCAAGUAGGGGCCCAGUCAUUUCUGAUGACGGCACCGUCUACAUGUACAGCACAACUCGUCCGGCAGAAUGCGCAAACGGUGAUGGGUCACGCCGAAAGAAUAGACAUCACCAUAGUAGCGCAAGACAUCGACAUUCAAGCGAUUCCAGGUCGAGUAGCAGCAGUGAUGGCAGCUACAGAAAUGGCAUUGAACAGCCAGCAAUGACUGCGGUCCCCCUUAGGCGUUACUCGACUUCAAAAUCUGCAUCCCUGACUGAAGUGCAUGUGCCUACUGAAUCGAGACAACACUCCCACCAUGACUCGUUCAAACAGAAAAAAAUUUACCGCCUUGAUAGCAGUGACAGUGAUUCUUCCAGUUCGUCCUCGGAUGAGGACGAAAAGAGUCAUUUAGGCAACAUCAAAGUGGUACCCUUGCGGUACUGA